AUGAGCGAGGCUCCGAGCUACGACGAGUCCCAGCCCGACGGCGGCAAUCCUCUCGAGGUCGAUGUCAAUGCUCAAUAUGUCGGCUACGAGUGGAACUACACCUACCUGGUGUUUUGCGGCUACAUUGUCUGGCUGAUUAUCCCCGGUAUCGGUCUGCUAUACGGUGGUCUCGCCCGCCGAAAGUCUGCCCUGGCUCUUCUCUUUCAGUCGUUCAUGGUGUCGGCCGUCGUGUCGAUCCAAUGGAUGUUUUGGGGAUACAGUCUGGCCUACAGCCGAACGGCCGGUCCGUUUAUCGGUAACCUGGACAACUUUGGUCUCAAGAAUGUCAUGUCUGCCCCUUCACCGGGCAACGCCACUAUCCCCGAGAUAGUCUUUUGCUUGUACCAAUUGCUGUUUUGUGCUUGCACCGUCCAAAUCGUCGUCGGUGGCGCCUUUGAGCGCGGCCGCAUCAUCCCAUCGCUGGUCUUUGGCUUCUUUUGGGCGACUGUCGUCUAUUGUCCGAUUGCCUGCUGGACAUGGAACGCCAACGGCUGGCUGUAUAACCUUCCCUCGCUCGACUUUGCCGGUGGAGGCCCUGUUCACAUUGCUUCCGGCUGGUCAGCGCUUGCUUACGCCCUGGUGCUUGGCAAGCGCAAGAAGAACCCAGAGGACAAGAGUCACGGCAAGCCUCACAACACGACCCUGGUCUUUCUCGGCACUGUCCUGAUUUGGUUUGGCUGGUUUGGUUUCAAUGGCGGAUCUGCAUUGAACGCCUCGAUUCGGUCCAUGCUGGCGGCCUUUAACACCAAUACUGCCGCAUCAACUGGCGUCAUUGGCUGGGUUGCCGUCGAUUACUUCAAGCAUAAACGUCGGUUUAGCGUCGUCGGUGCCUGCGAGGGAGCCAUUGCUGGACUCGUGGGCAUUACGCCCGCCGCGGGUUAUGUCAGCGUCUGGCUUGCCGCCGUUAUUGGCUUCUUGACGGCAGUAGUCUGCGCCCUCAUGGAGAAUGUCAAUGAGUGGCUCCACAUUGAUGAGGGAAUGGACGUCUUUAAGCUGCACGGUAUCGGUGGAAUGGUCGGUGCCUUUUUGACCGGUAUCUUUGCAACGUCAUCGAUCUCAUCGCUUGACGGUGCCACAUUGGCCCCAGGUGCUAUUGAUGGCGAAGGCAUCCAGGUCGGACGACAAUUCGCCGAGAUUACUGCCAUUUCGGCUUAUUCCUUUACUGUAUCGUGUGCCCUCUUGCUCAUCAUGAAGUACAUUCCCGGUCUUCAUCUUCGCAUCUCUGACGAUGCCGAGGCUCAUGGCUUGGACUUGGAUCAAUUCUUUGAGGAGGAGAUUGGUGACUGGGGUCUUGUGCACGAGCUGGAAAGGCAGCGCUAUGCGAAUGCAAUUGUCGGACAGGCCCCGGCUCACGAUACCUCGUCGGAUGAUGCCGUACAAGAGCAAAAGGUCUCGGCAACCGCAGUUUCACACGACAAGUCUGCGUAA